AAUCUUGUCUUAAUGAAGAUGAGAUGGUGACCCACCCGAAGUGUAAUUUGUGAGUACGAGUAGAGAUGUUGACCAAAUUGCAUUGACAAAUAUAGUAAGAAUUGCAACAAAACACCCUUUUCCUUUUUGUUUGGAUUCCAGAUUCAAUCUCCCAUGUGAGAGCUGAUGAAAUUCGAAACAAGAGUAAUCCAAUCAUUGUUGUAAGGAGGAAGAGCGCAAAUCAAUGGCUUUCACCAUGGGCUUCAACUUCCUCCUCCUCUUAGCCAUGGCGGCUACCAACCUACUCUCCCUUUACCACCUCUCUUCAACCUUCCAAUCUCCCAAACCUUCUCCCCCUGUCCCUAUCCAUAUCCCUCAACACCUCCUUCGCCACCUCAACGACAUACGCGCCACCAUCAAUCACCUCACUGCCUCCACCUCUGAUUCCAAACGCACUUCCCCCGUUCCCCAUGAUCUCAUCCUCCAUUCCCAAGUCGCACCCAUCGCUUCUUCCUGCCACCGCCACCCGUACCUUCUCCGUAGAUACAUGAAUUACACUCCUUUUUCGACUUGCCCUUAUGAUCUCGACCUCCAAGAAACGCUUAUUCUCAACGGCUGCCACCCACUUCCGCGGCGGCGUUGCUUCUCUAAAACCCCGCCAAAACCCACUUCUUCCCUUCCUCUUAACCCUUUCCCAACUGCCCUGCCCGACUCCUCUGUCAUCUGGACCAAAUACUCCUGUAAAUCUUUUGCCUGUCUUUUACAAAACAACCCCAUAGACUUCGAUCUCAACGCCCGACGCUCAUCCCUUCUAAAAUACGCUUCCGAGCUCGACCUUCCCGUUAACCGGUUCAUGCAAUUGGCUAAAUCAGCUAACUCUGUGAUCCGUCUUGGCAUUGACAUAGGCGGUGGAACUGGAACCUUCGCUGCUUUGAUGAAAAUUUUCUACAACGUCACGAUGCUGACCACCACAUUGAACGUCAAUGCGCCUUACAGUGAAGCCGUGGCAGCAAGAGGGUUGGUGCCUUUACACGUGCCGUUGCAGCAGAGGCUACCGGUUUUCGACGGGACGAUGGAUCUGGUCCGGUGUGGGAGGGCAGUGAACCGAUGGAUACCCUUGCCGGUGAUGGAGUUUAUGUUUUAUGAUGUGGACAGAGUGUUGAGAGGAGGUGGGUACUUGUGGUUGGAUCGGUUCUUUAGUAAAGCAAUGGAUCUAGAGGAAGUUUAUGAGCCAAUGAUUGGGAAACUUGGGUAUAAGAAAGUGAAGUGGGCAGUGGCUAAUAAGACUGAUCCAAGUGGUUUGAAGAAUGGGGAAGUUUACUUGACUGCUGUGCUGCAGAAGCCUGUUUCAAGGUGAUGAUUGGGGGUUUAAGGUUUGAGUAUUCAUUGAAUUUUUUUUAGGUAAUUAAUUGAUUAGCUUCCACUUCUCUAAUUUUGCUUGAAUUUGUGAAGCACAUUUGGGUUAGGCUGCCAUAUUCAUCAUUUCAUUGCGUGUUUAUAGUGAAAUGACAUGAUCCUAUCUAGUAUUACAAUACUGUGAAUUGUUGUUGUUUAAGGUCAUAAUGAAUGAAUGUGUUGCUUUUCUGUCUA